GAGAUGGGGGCCUUAGGAGUGAGAUCCCUGGUAGUGCAGCGUUAGGUUCUAUUGGGUUCUUAUCUGUGUGGUUUGUGGCAGAAUUCUGGGAAGCUGCUGGGGGAUGUCUGACUAGUUCCGAUGGAGCUCCACUGCCUUGACAAGAGGAGCAGCCAGGCAGUCCUGUGCGAUGCUGUGGACUGGCAUUCAGGACAGCUUCCUGGUGACCGGGCAGAUGCAGCCACCGCCAGAGCUGCUCUCUGCUGCCAGAGACACUGUAUGUCAACACCAAGAGCAGCUGAGAUGGAAGGGUCUAAACUUAGCCCUGCUCCAGCAUUCCCCUCCUCCUCUCUGCAAGACAGUGUUAUUCAGACGGACUCCUUGCUACCAGGGCCUCUCAACUCAGGGAACAACCAAGUAACAGCAGGACGGAAAGUCUGCACCUGCUGCAGCCAGGAAUUAGAAACUUCUUUCACCUGUGUAGAUGAGAAUGUCAACCUAGAGCAAAGGAACCCGUGCUCUCCUCUGGCAAAAGGGAGCCAUCACCUGGGAGACCUUGGCUGGGGAAAUCCGAAUGAGUGGUCUCAUGAGGCUGCCAUAUCCUUGAUAUCUGAGGAUGAAGAUGAAAUAAGUUCGGAAGCCACGUCUUCAGGGAAGUCCGUAGACUAUGGUUUCAUCAGUGCCAUCUUGUUCUUGGUCACUGGCAUCUUGCUUGUGAUCAUCUCUUACAUUGUCCCUCGGGAAGUGACGGUGGAUCCCAACACCGUGGCAGCCCGGGAGAUGGAACGUUUGGAGAGGGAGAGCGCAAGGCUGGGGGCGCACCUGGACCGCUGUGUGAUUGCAGGACUCUGCCUGCUCACCCUUGGGGGGGUCGUUUUGUCCUGUUUGCUGAUGAUGUCCAUGUGGAAAGGGGAGCUAUAUCGUCGCAACAGGUUUGCCUCUUCCAAAGAGUCUGCAAAACUCUAUGGUUCUUUCAACUUCAGGAUGAAAACCUGCACUAAUGAAAACACCUUGGAACUGUCCUUGGUAGAGGAAGAUGCCCUUGAUGGAUAGAGUUAAUUCUGGCUGUGAGCCUAUUGAGAGUCUGCGUUAGCAUUUUAUAUGAAAACCAACCAACCAACCACAUUCCUUAAAAUUAGCAGUAUAGUUUCUUUGCUUGGCAAGAUAGGCUUAUUUCCCAAACCAACAGCCAGUGAGUGGUUUUGUUCUGGAUGUAUUUUUUAUUUGGAAGAAAAGCUAUGUAAGAUGCAUAAAAAACUACAACCAGCUAUACCUGUUCUUCUAAAGAACUGAGAUUAAUUCAUCUAUAAUGGCCAUCAGCUUCUACUUCUAUAGCAAAAUAUUUCUAACAACCAGUGUACAAAUGAUUUCUCUUACAUGCUAUGGGGUAUUAUUCUUUGGACAUUAGUAGGUCCUACAUACAGUAGGAUCAAGUACAUACAUAUUUUGUGAAAAUGAACUUAAGCACUAAUCACAUAAUAAGGCUUAUAUUUAAUUCUCAAAGGUGCUUAUCCAUUCUCUUGCUAAAUUCUUUCUUCUAAUUUGGCUGAA